CCUCCUCCAGUAUCAGGUCGCGGGACAAAAAUAAGACACUACGCUGGAAGUGCUGGUGAUGUUUUGUUAGUACAGUUGGAUCGUGUGACGUUGCCGUUUGCUGCCCGUUUUUAUUUCAAGCUUCUCCAAACUGUUGCGCAUUUCAUGGCACUGGCCGCUGAUAAUCAACAUGAAAGAAGCAAGAAUGUUCAGCUAAAAGCAGUAUAUACUGAGCUUCCUUCAAAAUGAUUCAGAAACAUACAAUUUUUCUUUAGAGUACAAAGAUUUGCAUCCAUGGCUUGUUAUGUGAAUUCUGAGCUCCCAGAUUACAUCCUUAGUGAUUUGAUACCUAUGGAGGAAGAAAUAGAUAAUUGGGUGAAUCAUGAUUUCUGGUAUACAAAUCAGUGUAUUGAUCACUAUGAUGCAGAUAUUCCUUUGGCUAAUGUCACAGACAGUACCUCAGGGCCACUUUCUAAGUCUUUGGGGACAGACAUGUAUUGUACACCUCAGUCACUGAGUCAGCCUAGUGUUGGUUCUGAAAGUGUACUAAAAGAUUUAUUAGUUGAAAGUGGACAGAAUUCACAAUGCCCAUCAAUUCCAGCUUUAAAAGUUGAAGAAGAAAGUCCAGUGUCAUCAAUGUAUAUGAUGCCAAGUGAAGCUUCAAUUUUUGUGCCAAGUCCGACAAUACCAAUACAAAGUGCCACAUCAGAUUCUGGUGUUUUAAGUGAGUCGAUCAUGAGUGAAUCAUCAUGCUCAUCACCAGUCCCCUCGGCAACACCAAGUGAAGCAGAUUCGAUAUACAUUCAAGAGGGCCAGAUGAUAAACUUUCUACGGAGUGACAAGGGUCUGGAGAUGUUCGCAAAGGCACAGGAACUGACUAAGGAGGAGCUGAUUUAUUUUUUGGAAUGCAAGAGAAACGGCGAAGAUUACUAUCAAAACAAUCAUGCUAGUCCGUCAGAAAAUGAUGAAAAACACGAUGAUGAUAACCCUAAACGUCGACGUCACCGAGGCACAUAUUCGAAGAGCACAUGCUUACAAGUGAUCGAAUUCGUGAAGAAAGGAUACAGUGCUAGAGCUGCUGCCAAGAAGUUUGGUAUACCGAAAAGCACAGUCCAUAACUGGCUGCACGAAGAUGUAACGACAAGACCAGAAAAAGGACACAGGAAGAAAGAUUUUCAUCAUGAUAAGUUGGAUGAUGUGGAGCACGAUUAUCAUAAAAAUAUGACUGACCUGGGACAUUCACUAGCCCAAACUACCAUAAAAGACGAACCAAAAUUCAAUAUUCUUCGUGACCAACCCAAAGUUGAGCAAAAAUCAAGUUCUAUUAACAGUCCUAGUCCGGUCUCAUCUCAGAGCACUUUAGUGCAGUUAUUGACAAGUAACAGCAAACCGACUGCCGUCAAAACAGAACCAGAUGACAAUAUCGCCCUUAGCGAUGCUGACAUGGAAUAUAUCGAUUUUGGUGUUAUCGAUGAGAUUUUACAUCCCGAUGACUGGAUUGAGCACGAAAGGUGGUACAAGGAGCAGUAUCAUAAUCAUUAUAACAGGGAUUCGCCCAAUGGAAAGCAACGAAAAACCUACGGCACCUACUCAAAUGAACAUCGUAUGAAGGCGACAGAGUUCGUGAAAUCGGGCAAAACGCUUUCCGCUGCAUCUAAACAGUUCAACAUUCCGAAAUCGACAAUUCACACGUGGCUUAACGAAGGUAAUGUCCCUUGUGAAUUGCCACCAGAGCUAGAGAGCGUUGUUUUUGAGGAGAUUGAACAGUCCAAAGGCCAUAGCUCACCUUUGCUUGCGGUUAUUAAAAGAAAGGCCGAAGAAGUUGCAGUGCCACACAUGGAAAAAUUUAAGCCCAGCUUUGCUUGGUGUAGGGAUUUUAUGAAGCGUCACUAUAUGGACCGCAGUGAUGAGAUAGAUGCGAAAAAACUUUGCCUAGAAAGUAUGAAAAAGAGAGGCUCAAUUAAUGACCUCGUUUCGGUGCUUGGUUUGCAUUCUUCGAAUGUCGAGGGGCCAGUUAUUAGAACUUCAAAUUCAACUAGUCCAGUCUCACCGAGUAUGAAAAGUCUGCUGUUUCAUGGAGGAAUUGAACCAAAUCGAAAUGACUCGAGCGAAAGAAUUUCAUGAAUGAAUAACGGAAUGUAUUUUUAUUACUGUUGGCUUGAUUGGCGUCCAGUGUUACAUGGACUUGUAAAUAUUAAUAAAUAUAGAUGUCGUUGUGUGGGUGGGCAGGCAACAUACCUCGUUAGUGCGGAGAAACAGUAGCUUGCAGGUUUAGCAAGAUGUGGAAAGGUCCCUUUGUAUUUUAAGCAGGAAAAUAAGGUCCUAUAUACGACCGAUUAGUCUCUGGUAUUUAUACUCUCUGGUACAUAACCUCUGAUACUUAUUAAAAGGAGGAAGGCUAUCAAAAUUUUGGCCUUGCUCUGAUUGAAAUAAACCAGAAGUGAUAAAGGUAAAUGAUGGUAGAGUAGAUUUUAGUUUUGACUGCAUAUGAGUUGCAGUAUACUGGUUGGUCGUUAGGUGAAAUUAUUUUUCAAUUGCUUUUCCGUUUUAUUCGGUUUCCUGUACCAUCCUCAAGUGUAUUUGACACUAUGGGGUUAAUGUCAGUUCAAAAAGCCUUCGUAUGUAAAAACUGGAUGAAUUUUAUCACUUUUCUGUUUGCUGUGUGUUAUGCUUAGAAUAUAAUUACAAUAGCAUCUUAUAUUUGAAUUUAUAAGAUUUUUGUAUUCAGAUUUGAAUAGAACGAAAUGUGUUGGCUAUUUUUCGCAAGUUCGCAAGUAUCAUGUUUUCUCGAAUAGAAGGCGCUCUUUAAUAGAAGCCUCCCUCAACUGGAAGCACGUUAAAUACAAGCCAGUAUUAUGUAAGAGCCUCAUUCGCAAGGAAAGGGAAUUAAAAGAAACCUAAUUUAACUAGAAUAUAAAUUUAUAAAAGGCAUCCUCGAAUAAGAGCUGGAUGUUAUUUUUUGUUGACCAAGUUUUGGAUUCGUCUGCUUUUCGAUUGCUUUGCUUUCAACAAAUAUGUCAACGCUUGGUUUGAUCUCAAAUUGAACGAUUUGCAACAAUUUUCUUCUCUCCAUUCCUGCCAACCAUGGCCAAAGUUUGGCGAAAAAAUGAAAAUUAAUUUAAACUCUUCCUUUAAAUCUUUAUUUUCAUGUUCAAAUAAUCACGAGUAGUAUUCGGAUAAUCGCAUUUUCAAUGUAAAUUUCCCAGAAAGGAUAGAAGAUGUCCUUGAAUUAAAAGGUGCACAUGGAAAGGAACUGCAUUUUAUCGAUAAUCGGAAGAGAUCGCGCCUUUUAUUCGGGAAAAUACGUUGAAUAUCAUACACUACAAAAUAAACUCCCUUAAAUACCUUUCCUGGAUUUAUUUAGAAGGACAACUAGACAACAAAUAUUUAAUCGGCGAUAAAUUGAUUUAUGUUAUUUUUACCAGGAUAAUCUUUUGUGAAUCAAAUCAUAUGUGAAUUCCUGAUUGUUGCAGCUAUAUUUUAGAAAUUGAUGUUGAAGUUUCUUGUUUUCAAUUGCACGGUCUACCAACCUGCAUACGCACCUUUCCCGGGCAAUCAUCUCAUAAGACAGUAUGGUGAACCCGUGUACGAACUAGCCUCGUGCACACUGGCACCCCCUGGUAGUAUGAGUACAUUUUAUUCCAACAUUCAUUUGUUGACUAACCUUAUUCGCCGAGUCUCAACUGCACUCUGGCACGCCCUGAUAGUAAAAGUAUAUUUGAUUCCAGCGUUCAUUUCACGACUAACCUUGGUCGCCACGUCUCAACUGCACUCUGGCACCCCCUGGUAGAAAAAGUAUAUUUGAUUCCAGCGUUCAUUUCACGACUAACCUUGGUUGCCACGUCUCAACUGCACUCUGGCACACCCUGGUAGUAAGAGUAUAUUUGAUGUCAACAUUCAUUGCACUACUAACCUUAUUCUCCACGUCUCAACUGCACUCUGGCACCCCCUGGUAGAGAAAAUAUAUUUGAUUCCAGCGUUCAUUUCACGACUAACCUUAUUCGCCACGUCUGAACUGCACUGUGGCACCCCCUGGUAGAAAAAGUAUAUUUGAUGUCAACAUUUAUUGCACUACUAACCUUAUUCGCCACGUCUCAACUGCACUCUGGCACCCCCUUAUAGAAAAAGUAUAUUUGAUUCCAGCGUUCAUUUCACGACUAACCUUAUUCGCCACGUCUCAACUGCACUCUGGCACACCCUGGUAGUAAGAGUAUAUUUGAUGUCAACAUUCAUUUCACGACUAACCUUAUUCGCCACAUCUCAACUGCACUCUGGUUUUCCUUCGUAGUGAGAGUAUGUUUGAUUCCAAUAUUCAUUUCACGACUAUCCUAAUUCACCACGCCUCAGCUGCACUCUGGUAGUAGAAAAUGUUUGAAUCUCAAGUUUCUUGGGCAGUUCCUCAAUUUUUUCUUAGAAUUUGUAUUGGCCUUGGGACAUCCAAUUCACAGCAACUAACUAAUUUUUUCAAUUCAAAAUCUAUGAAGACGAGCUUCUAUUGGCCUCAUCAAGGUUACAAAGAAAUUUAUCUAAAAAGAGAUUUUCAUUUGUUGUUAAAAUCUAGAUGAUUGUACAACACCAUUCGGGAGAAACAUUGAGCCAAGAUGCACGAAAUCAAACUUUUUAAUGUAUCAGAUGUUAAUGAAAAGUUGAAUAUACGCUGGGGUCGCUAAAUUAUGGUAAUGGAUGGCCAAAAUGACGGCUAACAUUUGCCAAAAGGUCUAAGCCGAGAAAUUUCCAAAACAAUUUUAAGAGGGAACAGGCUUGAAUGAAAACCAUUGUUUAUGACAGAAAACCAUUCGCCAAUUCAAGAAGCUUCAGUUUGAGGAGGAUAUUCAGCAAUAAAUUUGAAGCGCUGUUGCAAGUAUUGAUAAAAGAUGACAACGAAAUUUUGUAACAACACGAUAAACACUACUCAGUUGGAAUUGAAAAUAAACCACUUACAAAUUAGUUCUGACUUAUGACUACAGGAUCAAAACUGAGCAGUUACUUUUAGCAGGAACAAUGACAUUAUUGUUUCAAUAUUGGCAAUUGGCGAGUCGAAAAAGCUUUCCCGCUGCCUGAAACAUUGAGAAAACUGUAAUUACAAUCCUGAAAGAUUCCUUGUUCUUGAACUGUGAUAAAAUUAAACAUCGGAAAGCAAUUAAUUUUGUUACACUUCAGUUUUAUUUUAAUUCCUUAGAAUUCAAAAAUGUAUCUUGGUUGUUUAUAAAUAACAAACGAAUUAUCGAAAAUGUUGUAUGUAAUGGAAGGCAAAAAAAGGAAUUCUACUGGCAGAUUCUUGAUGAUGUGCAGAAAAUGAAUAAGCAGAAGGUUAAUAUCUGGCAGAAUCUCAUUCCUUUUACAAAGAUCAGAAGGUUUUGUCUUAUUACAAAUGCAAAAAUUAAAAUAGAAAAAAGAAUAGAAAGGAAAGAAUAAACAGCAGCAAAUUAAUUAAAGAAAAUAGCUGAUUGCCGAAAUAAAUGCGUUUCCGAUGUAUUAUUUGCAAAGAAGGAAAGUAUUUGGAACGCAUACCUCAUGGUAAGUAUGCCUACAUCACUGGGAAAGGUGCCCUGAAAGAAAACUUGUGAUCAUGAUGCAAAAUUACAUAAACCUAGAAAUCUUCUAGGCAACGAUGAUAGCAAAAUGUUCAUAAUGACACAUCGAAGGGUCCUUGAGGGAACAUAUUUGGACUUCUGUAAAAUCAAAAAGACUUCAUACAAAAUGGUCAAGAAAGAGUAGGACGCCAAAAAAGCAAAAAAAGUAAAGAUUCCUUUCUUAGAAUGAGGUUUGUUUUCAAUAGCAUAUGUUUUCUCCUGAACACUGAUGUCAAAAUAUUAAAAAAUUGUAGUAUCGUCAAAAAUGCAAAAUAUGUCCUCAACAGAAUGUCUUUAGACAUUUCGCUACCAAAAUUGGGAAGUAACAAGAAGCAAAAAAAGAGGCUUGCAGUUGAGUGUUGCGAUACAAUCGUGUAUUCUAGCCGAUCACCAACUGGUCAAAUAAAUUCCCGAAGCACGACCUACCAAAACUUACGUUACGAAACACACCAAGUUACGUUUAGAGAGUCUAUGAUGAAUUGACACCAGUAACAUUAUUAAGGUGUUAUUAUAAGGUAGUAUUCCCUCCCGGGCCUAUAUUUCUUGUUGUUUAUG